CGUGGGCGGGGUCAGUUCAUCGCGGAGUCUCCGCGAGCGCUACAAUGUAACAAAAGCAGCGGGAUGAAAGAGUGAAAUAACGCGCGAGUGUAUGAAGCGCUGCGUUCAUUAAUAACACACACACACACCACACACACACACUCUCUCUUCGGCACUCACACACACUCAUUCUCACUCUACGCUCACAGGACUUCACACACACACACAUACACAGAGGAGCUGAGGAAUCUCCGCCGCAGCUGGACAGCAGAGUACCACCGGAGCACCAGAGCGGGCCGACAUGGACGAGCAGCCGCGCCUGAUGCACGCACAUGCGGCCGUGGGGAUGAGCGGACACCCGGGCCUGGCUCCGCACAUACCGGACAACACCGGAGCCGCCGACGGGGACGGAAGAAAACAGGACAUUGGAGACAUUUUACAACAGAUCAUGACCAUCACUGACCAGAGUCUGGACGAGGCGCAGGCCAGAAAACAUGCACUCAACUGCCACAGAAUGAAGCCAGCGCUCUUCAACGUCCUGUGUGAAAUCAAAGAAAAAACAGUGUUGAGUAUCCGUGGAGCUCAGGAGGAGGAGCCUCCCGACGCUCAGCUGAUGCGAUUGGACAACAUGCUGCUGGCGGAGGGCGUGUCCGGGCCGGAGAAAGGGGGCGGGUCUGCGGCAGCGGCGGCUGCAGCUGCGGCUUCGGGAGGAGUCGGAGCCGAUAACUCCGCCGAACACUCUGAUUACAGAGCCAAACUCUCACAGAUCCGCCAGAUCUACCACACUGAGCUGGAGAAAUACGAGCAGGCGUGUAAUGAAUUCACGACUCAUGUGAUGAACCUGCUGAGGGAACAGUCUCGCACGCGACCCAUCUCGCCCAAAGAGAUCGAGCGCAUGGUGGGCAUCAUCCACCGCAAGUUCAGCUCCAUCCAGAUGCAGCUGAAGCAGAGCACCUGUGAGGCCGUGAUGAUCCUGCGCUCACGAUUCCUCGAUGCCAGGAGGAAAAGACGAAACUUUAACAAACAGGCCACAGAGAUCCUGAAUGAGUAUUUCUACUCUCACCUCAGUAACCCGUACCCCAGUGAGGAGGCCAAAGAGGAGCUGGCCAAGAAAUGCUCCAUCACCGUCUCACAGGUCUCCAACUGGUUCGGAAACAAGCGAAUCCGAUAUAAGAAGAACAUCGGAAAGUUCCAGGAAGAAGCGAACAUGUACGCGGCCAGAACGGCUGUAAACGCGGCGAGUGUUUCUGCACACGGCAGUCAGGCAAACUCUCCAUCCACUCCAAACUCAGCAGGUUCUGCUGGCUCUUUUAACAUGUCAAACUCUGGCGAUUUGUUUAUGAGUGUUCAGUCUCUGAACGGGGACUCGUACCAGGGCUCUCAGGUGGGGGCCAAUGUUCAGUCACAGGUGGAUACCCUUCGCCAUGUUAUCAGCCAGACAGGAGGAUACAGUGACGGCCUCGCAGCAAACCAGAUGUACAGUCCGCAGGGCAUCAAUGCGAACGGCGGCUGGCAGGAUCCCACCACCCCGUCCUCUGUCACCUCACCCACAGAAGGACCCGGCAGCGUCCACUCCGACACCUCCAACUGAUCCAUCACACACACACACACACACACAGCGUCAGUCCUCGUCUUCAUGCUACCUCUCAGAUCAUCCACAGGUUAGAGCAGACCGACAGACAUCAGUUCAGCCUUCAUCAGCACCUUCUGUUAACACAUCUACCAUAGUGCCAAAGUACUUUUCUACAUCCUUUUAGCAUAUAAUAGACACGUUAUGCUUGCGAAAGCAUAUUAAGAAGGCCUAAGUUUAAUAUUUGUUCUUCUGAAAUGCAUAUAAAUAAAUCAUUUGCAUCGUACAUUAAAUAAUGCACUUAAUGUGAUGCAUAUUUGCUAGAAAUAAUUGCUGGUUUUAUUUGUUAACAUUAGACUUUAACUACACUGUAAAGAAUGUAAUGCCAAAAAGUCAAGACGGGAAAUAUUUUGAUGUUGCUUUAUUAACUUAUUUUAAUAGGUUAAUCAGGUUUCAACUACAUCUUUUAAGUUAUACAAAGUUUAACUUCAUAUUUUUAGUCAUUUCAAUUGAUAUAAGUUAAGAUGACUAGAAAAAUUCUUGUGUAAAAAUCCAAAAUCAAACAAAAAGUGCUCAGGGGUAGCUUAAAUCGUGUGUCUUUGGUAAGAAAUGCAUCAGAAUAAACAGCAAAAAUCAGUCCAAGGCACUCGAAAAAUAUAGAAAAAAAUAUUAAAAAGCCUUUAUUGACAUGGCUACGCGUUCCAGUAAACACUUACCUUCAUUAGGGUAACCUAAUGUAAUGAGGCAAGUGUUUGCCGAAAUGCAUAGGCGCAGUUUUAAGGAAUAGCCCAGUGUUUCCCAACCCUGUUCCUGAAGGCACACCAACAGUACACAUUUUCAACCUCUCCCUAAUCAAACACAUCUGAAUCAACUUAUCAUAACAUCAGAAGAGACUCCAACACCUGAAGUUAAUGGGUCAGAAAAGGGAGACAUCCAGAAUAUGUACUGUUGGUGUGCCUCCAGGAACAGGGUUGGGAAACACUGGAAUAGCCUAAUGUCUAAUAAAGGCUUUUUAAAUUUUUUUUCACAUUUUUCCAGUGCCUUGGACUGAUUUCUGCUGAUUAUAAGUUCACUUGAUUCAACUUUAAAAAAUGAAAGUGUACAUUAGUUAUC